AUGAGUGCGCCAACACCAUCGCCUCCAAGGGCCUCCAACUCUCAUGCCAUGCUGGAUUUGACCAUGUUCCCACAUGUUGCGGACGGUAUUCUGGGUGCAUGUGACUUUCAUGACCUGUUGACCUUGCGCCAGACGUCACGAGCUAUGUGCGACCGCGUCGACACACUCAUGACGGCGCACAUGACGGUCAACGCCAACCACCUUGACACCAUGGAGCCCCACUUGACAACUCCCCUGGGAGUUGUCCCUGUGCUCAAGUCCUGCGUUGGGCAAUGGAACAUGCCGGACCGGUUGACCUGGACACACAAGCGUGUGUGUGCAGCACUGUCAAGGACGACAACUCUCGACAUCACGAGUAUUCUUGCUGCGUCUGAGCGGUUGGCGCCGACGCGCCUCGGGACGGCUGAGCCUUUCGCCAACCUGCAGUGCGUGCGCCUCUACCCUAUGAUCCUGCACGAUUACACCUCCCACCAGCUCGCCUUCAGUGCUCCCAAAGUGGUCGUGUUUGGCGCCAUGAACUAUCACUACUGGCGGGACCCGUCCACCAGCCAACUGGACGGCAUGGUCAAGUUCUUGCCUACCAGUGUGCUUCCCAGGGGAACCCGCAAACUUGUCAUCAACAUUACCGGUGAAGACAUUGUGUGUGGGGUCGACGAGCCACCCGGGAACGAUAUGGACGCCAUAUCUUUGUCGCUGACCGACGUCGUCUUCAUCUUCGACCGACACAGUUUUCAGGGUAAUGGCCAAUGGAGGUGGGGGUUCCCGAAUCCUUCUUCGAAGAAGCGCAUGUGGUUUGUCAUGUUUAUCCUGCACUUUCUCGGCGAGCCCUUGUCGAACCGGAGUGUCACGUUUGUGGACUUUGACAAGAUCGACUUCAACUGUAUGUUCUUGGGAGAGCCACGGUCACCAAACGCCGCUGCCCUUACGGCCGCUUUGCAUCUGUUUGUGGAUCAGCAACGCGCCUCUGAGACCGGCACAAGGAGCAGCAGCUUCAGCGAUGGGUCUCGAGCCAGUGAGCUUCAGCAGCUCCACGGCCGCAUCGACUCGGCGGUCCAUUUCGUCUCCCUCAGUGACUACGCUGGGCGCGUCGGUUGGCCCGAGGUGGAGCUUGAGAGUCGGCCGGAUGUUCAGAAGGAUGAUUCCUUAUCGCCAACGUUUCAGAGCCUGCUCGACCUUCAGGCGCUCAUCGGCUAG